AUGGCUGAAGAGUCUAAGUUCGGACAUCUUCCCCUCAGCACCAAGGGCCCUAUCAGCUGCGCUCUCACCGGCGCAUCCCUCCUCAACACUCCCUAUCUCAACAAGGGCUCUGCGUUUCCGGUGGAGGAGCGUCGCAAAUUCAACCUCACCGGAUUGCUCCCCCAGGGCGUCCAGACGCUUGAGCAACAGUGCAAGCGUGCGUACGAUCAAUACUCGACCCGGCCAAACGACCUAGCCAAGAACACCUUUCUCACCUCACUAAAGGACCAAAAUGAGGUGCUCUACUACAAGUUGAUCCAACUUCAUCUGGAUGAGAUGAUGAGCGUUGUCUACACCCCAACCGAAGGCGACGCUAUCCAGAACUACUCUCGACUAUUUCGUCGCCCAGAGGGCUGUUAUCUCAACAUUCAUGAGCAGGAUCAAGUCCACGACAACCUGGCCCAGUGGGGAAACGCAGAGGAUAUCGACUACAUCGUAGUGACUGACGGCGAGGAGAUCCUCGGCAUCGGUGACCAAGGCGUUGGAGGCAUUCUCAUCUCGGUUGCCAAACUAGUCCUCACCACUCUCUGCGGAGGCGUUCACCCAAACCGUACCCUUCCUGUCGUCCUCGACUGCGGGACGGAUAACGAGGAGCUUCUCAACGACGAGCUGUACCUAGGCCUCAGAGAGAAGCGUGUCCGCGGCGAAGAGUACGGCAAGUUUGUCGACACCUUUGUCCAGUCGGCAAGAAAGCUGUAUCCAAAAGCGUACAUCCACUUUGAGGACUUUGGUCUCAGCAACGCGAGACGUCUUCUGGACCGCUACCGCCCAGACUUUGCCUGCUUCAAUGAUGAUGUCCAGGGCACUGGCUGCGUGACCCUGGCGGCCAUCAUGGCAGGCCUCCACGUCAGCAAGCAAAAGUUCAAGGACCUCCGCAUGGUUGUCUUUGGGGCCGGAAGUGCCGGUCUCGGCAUUGCAGAUCAGGUUCGAGAUGCCAUCGCAACUGAGGGGGACAUCAGCCAUGAGGAGGCGUCGAAGCAGAUCUGGUUGAUUGACAAGCCCGGUCUCCUCACGAGCGAGAUAGAGGUUUCAGACGCCCAAAAGAGCUUUGUAAAGGCCGCGUCGGAGUGGAAAGAUAAGAAAACCGAUCUCCUCUCCGUCAUCAAAGCUGUCCGUCCCAACGUUCUCGUCGGCACGUCUACCGUUCCCGGAGCCUUCACCGAGGAUGUCAUCAAGGCCAUGGCCGAGCAUCACGAGCGUCCCAUAGUCCUCCCUCUUUCCAACCCAACAAGACUCCACGAGGCCAAACCCGAGGAUAUCCUCAACUGGACCAACGGCAAGGCCCUCGUGGCCACUGGCUCGCCUUUCCCGCCCGUCAAGGGUCCCUGGGGCGAGUCUGGCUCUGAAGUUACCAUCGACAUCGCAGAGUGCAACAACUCGGUUGUAUUCCCGGGCAUCGGCCUGGCCUGCGUGCUCUCCCGCGCGGAGCACCUGACAGACCGCAUGCUCGUCGCUGCAGUAGAGGCCGCGGCCUCACUAAGUCCUGCACUCAAGGAUCCUACAGCCCCUCUGCUACCGGAUGUCAACUCUGUGCGAGAUGUCAGCGUUCGCAUCGCUCGACAUGUGAUCCAGGUGGCUCUCAACGAUGACGAGGCGACACAGGAGGGCAUUCCCGAGGAGGACGAUGAGCUGGAGGAGUGGAUCAGGGAGCAGAUGUGGAAUCCAGCGUACCGGCCGUUGAAGUUUGUCGAGAUGGAGACUGCAACCAGAGAGGCACGAGGAGAGCUGAAGCGGGCGGGAACAGUUCAUCGCACCGGUCAUUUAUAA